AGCUCUCGUCGACAAAUUAAUAACGUUACGUUAGUGUUCAAAACAAUUCGAAAAAUGAAUCGCGUGUAUUUCGGUGUAGGUAGAGAAGAAAAUCAAAAGAAACGUAUAAAAACAGCAGCGCUGCUAUUCACGUUAUCAGGCAUAAAAUUAAGUACACAUAACACAAUGUGAUAAAGAGCAAAUAAAGCACAACUUGUCGCUCAUCCUCUGUCUUAUCUCGCGAUUCGUUAUUAACAGACUCGCGUUCGGAUUAAGAUAAAAACAACAUCGUAAUUUUAUUCGUAGUGAGAAUUUCGCGAAAUUGAAUCGAGUAAAUGGUACAUUUGCUUAGUUAAAAAACACCGUGUUUCAAUUAUUUAAUGGUGAAUAAGUUCGCGCUUAAUCCAAUUUAAUAUCAAUGUACUUGAACAAUCAGGGUCAGUGAGACAUAGUUCAGAUGUAUGCACUUGUUUCAACAUGAAUUCCAAUGUUGCCGCGGAAAGAAACGUGGACGAAGAUCUCCUCAAAAACACUCGUAUCAGUGACCAUUUUCCAAGCACUAAGGCACCUCCAUUAUGGUUUUCGAAACGCUUCCUCGUAACUCUGCUGCUUUUCGUCAGCUCAGUUAAUAAAAAUUCGUUAUCAGGCAAAAUAAGCAUAGCAAUAGUGGAAAUGACCUCCUCCAAAGAAAUUAAUCGAGACAACCAGACAAUUACCCAGCCACCUGAAUAUGAUUGGGAUUCGAAAACUAUCGGAUUAAUCGUAAGCUCGCCUUCGAUAGGAUACCUAUGUAUCUGUGUCGGUGGAAUAUUGUCAACCAGAUUUGGAGGAUCAGUUACCUAUGGGAUCAGUAUGGCGAUGUCUGGGAUACUUUCAUUGCUUGGACCUGCUAGUUUGUACGUUCACCUUUAUGUGUUCGUGGCCAAUCGAGUAUUGAGCGGAUUAUUCGAGGGCUUUGCAUCAGCCAGCACCUCGGAAAUAUUCGCUCGUUGGGCCCCAGUUCAAGAACGAUCCAGACUAACUUCUUAUGGCACCAGUGGUACACAUGUUGGAAUAGCGCUGACCUAUCCUAUUUGCGGAUACUUGAUUAAAAAAUGGGGAUGGACAGCUCCUUUCUACGUUGAAGGCGCAGUGAGCUUCAUUUGGUCGCUUCUUUGGUUAAUUUUCAUCAAAAACGAUCCAUCAAAAGAUAAACGUAUUUCUAAACGAGAACUCGACUACAUUCAGCAAGGAACUGGCAAUGUUCGAAGAAGACAUGUCACCAGUCAAUUCAGAAAUAUCUUCAUAUCACCAGUAUUUUGGGCUCUAUGCAUAGGAAAAAUGGCAUACAGCUGGGUAUUCACAAUUUUACUAAUCUGCUUACCUUUUUAUGUUAAAGAUACUACUCACAGACCUACUGAAGAAGUAGGGUUACUUUCAUCCAUUCCUAAUAUGGUAUCUAUUGCAAUGAUACCAAUCGCUGGCACGUUUAUCGAUUAUUGGCAAAACCACAGCAAACUUGAAAUCACUCAGAUACAUAAGAUACUGAUGGGUAUUGGAUUUGUAGUAGGAUCUCUUCUGUUGGUGACAGUUGCUCUGAUAUCCAACUUCACCGUUUCAAUGGUGUGUUUCAUUCUCAUAAAAAUCGUAGGAUCGUUGAAUGGUGUAAUCGUCCAGGUAAUAGUCUUGUACAUGGCUCCCAACAAUUCCAGUAUCAUCGCUGGCUUAUCAGCAUUUUGGUACAGAGUCAGUACAGUUCUCACACGUACUACACUUGGAUACAUGACCCCAAACCAUAGCGUGCAAGAAUGGAACCAGUUCUUCAUUUUAUCGGCGAUAAUUUUAUUCCUGUCUGCGAUAAUAUUUACAUUAUAUGGCUCGAGUAAACCUCAACCGUGGUCAUCGAUACCAACUUCAAAUGACGAAGAUCAGAAUCCAUCGAUUGAAAAUAAAGACUGAUGUAGAAAAAU